CUGAACAUCGCGCUUCCAAAAUGAUCCAAAAUGAAGAUGUUAUGGCCCUUGCUUUUGCUCGUUUCGUCGAGUUUGUUUAUUAAUCAAGUUAUUUUUGCCCAAAAUGAAGGUGAAAACAUCCUGCCUUAUACUUUGCUCUUCUUGGAGUAUAAAUUGUCACCCAUAAGCAUUGAAGAACAAUAUGAAAUCUUUCAGGCCAACCCCUUCGCAUCCCCUAUUGUUGUCGAUUUUGAACGUCGUAAUUCAUCGCAGUCAUCGCAAGAAGGGAAUCAUCACACAUUUGAUUUAUAUCGUGCCAAAGCAGUCAAGUCACUGACGGAUCAGUUCCCAUUGACGUUUGUUGGUAUUAUUCGUAAACUGUUGCUCCAGUAUCAUUUAGAAGAAAACCCUCUCCCGGUUAAUACAUCAAGAUCAGUUUUUGAAGCCCGGGUUGAAGCCUACUCUGCUGAACUAGCUGUUCUAAGUUUCAGAGAAGACCAAAUAUAUCGCCAAGUACAUGUAAGUCAAGAAGUUCUGAAAGUUCAAGACCAGAAGUGCACAAUAUGGCCUAACAGUAACAAUUUAAUUACAAGUUUAUUCCAGCAAAGUAGUGGUAAUAUCAAGCUAUUACCAAAUAUGACACCAACAUGUCUUCCACCAUAAAAUUACUACAAUUUCUCAAUCAAAACACAC